AUGUAUUCCCUUGGCGUCCUCACUCUGGUUCAGUCCCUCGCGGCACACGAUGCAGCUCUCAAGCUCAUCAUCGUACUGCCAAGUGUAAUUAUCCUUGCGUUGCUAUCUUGUUGGGCGAAUGCUCGCCAAGAGCAAGACGACGAUGGCCCACCCUUUCUGCCCCUUAGUAUCUGGGAGACCGUCUGGCCAUUUUUCACCGCGCGACACGAUUUCCUCGCGCGCGGCUUCGAGCUGACACGUCAGCCCUUCUUUCGCUUCAAAUUAUUGCAGAACACUGUUGUGGUUGUUUCACAGGAGUAUGCCCGCGCGGACUUCUUCGCGUGCAAAGGGCUUGACAUUCACGAAGGCUUCAAGGUUCUUUCCGGCGCCAUCCCAAUGCUCCCCGGUGUGACCUCUGACCUGCAGGCGCGCCGAAUUAGCCUCAUUCACCGAAGGCUCGCCGCCGCUCAGAGUAGCGACCAUCUCCAGCGACUCAUUCCAUACAUUCUGCAAGACAUCUGUCGCGUUACGCGUUCCUGGGGAAGCGCAGGGUCAGUGAUCGAUCCGUUCGCACAUAUCCCGGCGUUACUAUUCCAAACCACCGUGCGGUCCCUCUCCAGUCACGAACUCGCAGACGACCCGGUGACAGUCGAGCGGCUCAGGAAGCUGUACGAUGCUCUCGACGACUCGACGACGCCGUUCAGUGUGCUGCUGCCAUGGCUGCCGAGCCUGAGCAUGCUCGCGAAGCUUCGAUCGUCGAAGAAGGUUUACGACAUUAUUGACGGGGCUAUUAGGGCCAGGGUUGCCAGUGGGAUAUCAAGAGAUGACACCCUACAAAUGCUCGUUGACCACGGGGACGAGAAGAUGGUUAUCGUGGGGUUCAUCAUGGGGCUCCUCGUUGCCGGGGCACGCUCAACGGGCACCACGGCCUCAUGGAUUGUGACAUAUCUCGCCGGGCUCCCCGAGUGGCGCCUCCGGGCCCAAGACGAGGCCCACGCGCUGCUGGCGGUGCACGCGACGACCACUGCCACCGGCACACAGAACCUCGCGGAGCAGCUGGCGACCGUCCCCCUGGAGGCCUUCGAGCAAUGCACGCCUGUCAUGGACGCGGUUAUCCGUGAGGCACUCCGCGUCGCGCAGCCUCACACCGCGAUGCGGCGGAAUGUGGGGCCGGAGACAUACGUCGCCGGCGUGCGCAUUCCUUCGGGGGCCUACGUUGUCUACCCAUUCAGCGACGUGCACCUCAACCCACAGCUAUACCCAGACCCGUGGCGUUUCGAUCCUGGCCGAUCGAAGAGCGACGCGCAGGUUGACUACAUCGGCUGGGGCGGAGGAAAAACCGUCUGCCUUGGGCAAAGGCUUGCCAAAUUGCAGAUGAAGGUCAUGCUUACGAUACUCUUGCUGAGUUUCGAUUUGAGCCUGGUCGACCAGGCCCAAGGGCCGCUCAGAAACGUUCCCCAACCGAAUUGGAACGAUCACCUCACUUGCAAGCCUCCUCCGGGGUCGUGUUAUGUACGUCUUGGCUACCACAAAUAUUGA